AUGCGUCACCCUGUGGCUCUGCUGGAAGUGGAGCUCAGAACACCCCUGCUGUACAUUAACAUUCCCACAGGGUUUCCUGGAGCCCACAUUCUUGGUGAUGCAGACAUGGAGGUGCUCAGUAGCCCCCAGGAAGGAUCUUCUGGACAAGGAACAAACAGGUCUUUAUUACAUCACCUAGUAAAACGCUACAUGCCACCACGUACUCCCCCUUAUCCUGAACCUGAACCAAAUUUCAAAAUUGUCAACUGCAGAAGAAGUGAAGGCUAUUGUCAAGAAUUCUGCAAUUUUAUGGAAGUACAAGUAGGCUACUGCUCUGCAAAGAAGGAUGCCUGCUGUUUACACAGGAAAUGUUGUCAACCCUGA